CAAAAGAAUAGACAAGCAACCGGUGAAAACAAACAAGCGCGGAACUGUAACAUUUGUAACAUUUGAACAAUGGAACGUUGCAACAUUGUAACACUUCUUUGUCUCUGAGGAUUCCGUUCCGAAGACAUUCAAACACUCCGAGAAGUUUGGAAACAAAGCGAAUGUGGAUUUGUUUGAAGCAGCUGAGUGUGCAUAUUUCUGGAUACGGUUGUACCGAAAGGAAACGGGGAAAACGUCAGGAUAGGGCGGAAUAUUAACGGCAAUGCGCGGUUAUCUUUACUGCGGCGGUAUUUUACAUUCGGAAAGCAGAAGUUUGAGGAGGAUUGGACGGGAAAGUUUGCUUUAAAACCGAUACUGUCAAUGGAUUUACAGGAAUGUCACUAACAGAAGGAGAAUGUGGGUUAUUCGACCUAGUGCUUCUUUUGAAAACGCAAUGCAACAUUCGUCUGUUGAGAUUUGACUUCUGUUGCUUCGGUUAUGGACGCGUAACCGGUUAAUACGCAUAUGUUAGUCGUCGCUUCUGUUAGUGCAUAUUCUGCUCGGAUAACCAUACGUUUACAAAGGGAAUAUCGUGGUUUCCGUAAAGGUCAUUACGCGUCCGUUGAGUUCUUGAUAUAAACUUGGCUCGGUCGUACAUGUGCUUCUGGUUAAUCUGAUCGUUGAUGGCUUUUUAUAUUGCUCUGAGCGGUUUGGAUAGGAUUUACACCGCACCGGUUGAUCGGGGGACAUUGAUCUCCGUGAUUUACCGUUUACAGCAUCGGGAAGAGGAGACUGUCGGGACGCAAGUGCGUCUGGUGUCGCUGGACUCUUGUGAAUGUUUUAUAUUUGUACCAAAGAUAUAAAGCCCCCCAUCUCGUUGUCUUUUUUCCCUGGAGUCGUGUGUCAUAUAUGCCUGCGUGAGGGUUGAGCAGACAGGCAUGCAGCUGAAUCGACCCAAGAGCGCUCAUCUAACAAGUGAUCCGUCGUAUUCCAACCAGUUCAAAGCCAUGCGCUUCUCCUACCACAUCAGCAGCCCUCAGCCUGCCCUGCGCAGAAUAGGCUCUUCCGUAUCCAGUCCACAGCUCCUAACCAAGAGUCUGUCCCUUGAGCCAGGCCCCUGCCUCGGAGCCCAUGAGACCCCGUUCUGUUCUGACCCGGGACCCCUGGAAUCACAGCACUGCAAUGGCACAAGUGAAAAUGGGCCGCAGGAUGUCCCUCCGCUACCACCUAAAACACGGCCACCUUUACCUGGGCCAAAGCCUCAAGUGCCCCCGAAACCACCUCAUCUACAGCAGCAGAGCGCUCGACGGCCACGCCCCCCUGACAAGCCCCUCCCGCCACCACCCUCCCGUCCGCUACCCGCCGACCCCCGCCAAUCACGCACCACCUUACCCAGAGCAGAGGGAAGCUCCUCCCCCACUUGUGUUCUCUCGCUUAUCGAGAAGUUUGAGAGGGAGCAAAUCAUAGUGGUACCAGACAUCACAGGGGGAGUGAUGUGUACCCCACGGGUCCCUGACCCCCAGGAUGCUGCUCGGGCAUUUAGCCCCUCGCCCUCAGAGAUAAUCCUGCCCUGCACGUCCCUUGAUGCUCCGCUGGAAGCACCUCUAGCUGAGGCAGAGACCGAAAAAGAAGAAGAAGAGGUGGACGAAACCGAGGAGGACGACAGCGAGCUCGGAGCGUCCUGCUCUGAAAAGCGUCUCUCGAUGGAAUCGGGCUACGGUGCCUCCGAUAAACUGCUGGACAACAUGGAAAUGAGAGACCUGACCGCCAACCAAUCAGAAAUCCCCUCUGAGCUUCUGUCCCUCCCACCGUCCCAGAUGGAUGGGAAGCUGGCCAAUAGGGAUAGCGGUAUCGACAGCAUCAGUUCACCCUCGCACAGUGAGGAGUUAUGUUUCGUUGGGGAUGAGGACCGGAUCGGUCACGAGAGAGAGAUCUGCCCGUGCAGCCCGGGGCCCAGACUCUCCUGCGGCUACACGGAGGGAUCCGGAGGUGAGGGAGCCGGAGGUGUGGACGGGGGCAGAGACUCGGAGGGAGACAGUGAUUUGGAAGAGGGGAGCGGAGAUGAAAGUGAGAUGAACCCCUUGGCCCUACAGCCAGUUCUUAAAGCGGAAAGACAAGACUCGACAGAGCUGUCGGUCCAGCAGCGGGUGUUUAAUAUUGCCAAUGAGCUUCUGCACACCGAGAAGGCGUACGUGUCCAGACUCCACCUCCUGGAUCAGGUGUUCUGCGCUCAGCUGAUGGAGGAGGCCCGAGCUCGCAACUCCUUCCCCUGUGAGGUGGUCAUGGGCAUCUUCUCCAACAUCUGCUCCAUCUACUGCUUUCACCAACAGUUCCUGCUGCCCGCGCUGGAGAAACGCAUGGAGGAAUGGGAUCAGAACCCUCGCAUCGGUGACAUCCUGCAGAAACUGGCUCCUUUCCUGAAGAUGUACGGAGAGUAUGUGAAGAAUUUCGACAGGUCUAUGGAGCUGGUUAAUAGCUGGAUGCAACGGUGCUCGCAAUUUAAAGCCAUCAUUCAUAACAUCCAGAAAGAAGAGAUGUGUGGGAAUCUCACCCUACAGCACCACAUGUUGGAGCCGGUGCAGAGGAUUCCUCGCUACGAGCUCCUGCUCAAAGACUAUCUGCACCGUCUGCCAGAGGACGCGGACGACUUCAAAGACGCUCAGAAAUCUCUGGAGCUGAUCGCCACAGCAGCCGAGCAUUCCAACGCAGCCAUCAGGAAGAUGGAACGCAUGAGAAAGCUGUUGAAGGUGUACGAGCUGCUCGGUGGAGAGGAGGACAUUGUUAACCCAACUAAUGAGCUCAUAAAAGAGGGACACAUCUUGAAAUUGUCGGCCAAGAACGGGACUUCACAGGACAGAUACCUCAUUUUGUUUAAUGACAGGUUGUUGUACUGCGUCCCCAAACUGAGGCUGAUAGGACAGAAGUUCGGGGUCCGAGCGAGGAUCGACGUAGAUGGAAUGGAGCUGAAAGAAACCAGCAGUAUGAAUGUACCCCGGACGUUUCUCGUGUCCGGAAAACAGCGUUCGCUGGAGCUGCAGGCGAGGACGGAGGAAGAAAAGAGAGAUUGGAUUCAGGCAAUCCAAGCCACUAUACAGAGACACGAGCAGACGAUGGAGACCUUCCGGAUGCUCAACUGCUCAUUUCGUGAGGAGGAUUUCACGCCCCCCCACUCUCCGAAUUGCACAGAGCUCGGAAAGCGAGCGCCCACUCCGAUCCGGGAGAAAGAGGUCACGCUGUGCAUGAAGUGUCAGGAGCCGUUCAACUCCAUCACCAAAAGACGACAUCACUGCAAAGCCUGCGGACACGUGGUGUGUGGAAAGUGUUCGGAGUUUCGUGCCCGUCUUUUGUACGACAACAAUCGAGCCAACCGCGUGUGUAUAGACUGCUACACUACACUCGUGGGAGUCCCGCCCUCUCCGGCCACUUUAACAAACAGCGCAUACAGGCGGCGCUCCAUUCUAGAGAAACAGGCGUCUGUGGCAGCUGAGAACAGUGUGCUGUGCAGUUUUCUGCAUCAUAUGGAGAAGGGAAGUGGCCGUGGAUGGCAGAAGGCUUGGUUUGUCAUUCCGGAGAACGAACCACUGGUGCUGUAUAUCUAUGGUGCUCCACAGGAUGUUAAAGCCCAACGCAGCAUUCCCCUCAUCGGGUUCGAGGUGUCUCCUCCCGAGUCAGGUGACCGCCUGGAACGCCGCUUCGCCUUCAAAAUGAGCCAGAGUCAUUUGACCGUUUACUUCAGCGCUGACAGCGAGGAGCUGCAGCGACGCUGGAUGGAGGUCUUGUCGAGGGCCGGCAGGGGCGAGGAGCUGCAGUCCAACAGUUCGAUUUGCGAAGCCCUCGAGGAGGAAGUGGAGGAGCCAGCGCUCACGGGAGAAAGCACAUGAUUGGCUGAAAACGAUCAUUUUGCACACACAAAAACUACAAAUGUGAUCACAACAUCAGGAUAUGAUAGACAAAAACACACAUACACACACACAGACCUUCUCUCUAACACACAUCUGUAUUAAUUGUCAGUUGCAUGAAAUAUCUACAGUAUGUUUCUCCGUGUAUUGCUCAUCUCGUGUGAGUGACCAGUGUUUGGAACAAUCAAGCGUGCACACUUUAGAGACGACUUAUUAAAGGACAUGUGAUAAUACGCAUCAAUGUGCAUCAGCCACUAGCGGUCUCAAUGUUAAACCAACUGUUUCUGCCGAAUCUUAAGGUGCUGUGAAGUGGUUUCUUCUAACUCUGUAUGGAUCUCUGCAAGCCUGCAGUCUUUUUUUAGCAAAGCGAGACGGUUCUGUGUUAAUGUCUGUGUGGUGAGAUGACCAUCGCGUGAAUGUUUCGGUGUGGUUUCAUGAAAGGUUUAGAUACUAAGAGUCUUUAAGAAGGUUUAGACACAGAGUUUACGGUGUAAUACCCCAAAAGCAGUUUAAAGAGCCACUGACACAGAUUGGAAAUGUAUUUAAAUGUAAGCAAACUAGGUUAACCAAUAUUUAUGGCAAUAAUCCGCUCGAAAAGAGGAUCAAAUACUGGAUUUUUGUUACGUUUGUUACAGCGAGCGGUGAUUUGUCAAAGGGUUGGCCGCCAUGCAAGCCUGCUUUUUCCUCAGAAAGUGUACACGUGGUCAUCAGAAACCGAGCUCCUGGAAAACGGCAGGAAGAUUUUAUUAAGCGGGUUUAAACCACCCAUAACACAAAUAUCUGGUCUUUAUUCUGCCCCCAUGUGGACAUUCAGCCGUGCACAGACCCUUCUGUUUAAACUAAUGGGAAAAAUCCUCUGAGAAGUGAGAUGUGUGUAAUGGGAAUGUUAUCGAGAGGAUGAGCGCGAGAUUCGUCUUGUUGUCCGAGUGCACAAGGGUUUUAUGAAUGACGUGGUGUUUGGAGUAUUUGAUAAGACUGCAGAUACUAUAUGAAGAUUAUGAGGGUGUGUAUGAAUCAGGCUUGUUUUUAUCAUUGUGAAUUCAAUGAUAUCCCUGCCUUACUUUGACGUUUUUUGAUAAAUAUAGAUUAUAUAUCUAGAUAUAUAACUAAGACGCGGGACAGGUUUUCAUGAGGCUAUCAAACGUUUUCAACAGUGUUGUAUUUGUGUAUGAAAAGUGCAAAGGUUAAAGGACAAUUUCCGCUGUAUAUAUAACUUAUUUCUCUGAGCCCAGUUUUGUGGGUUGGGUAUUGUCAAUGAGCUCAGUGUUUGAUCUUUGUUACGUGCCGUUUUAAAUGGACUCACGAGCGUUGUGGUAAAGAAAAGGUUAGGAUACUUACUCUUUUGUACCGCUUAUUUGAGAAGUUGAUAUUAGGUGUUUUGGAAUGAGGUCGUGUUUCCACUUUUGAAUCAAGUUUACGAAAUGCAUUUGCCAAUGUGAACACCUAAAGGCUGGUUCAGAACUGCUUUAACUCUUUUGUGUUUGAUAUUGCUUUAAUCUCGCCGUUCGUGGUCAAAGACAUCACUUGGUUAGAAGUCAAGAGGGAAAUGGUCGAUGUUUUUCCAAGUUCACCAGCCUGCCUGUUGUUUCCUAAAGAGCCGAUGGCUUUAAGGAUCGCCUGCGAACGAUUACAUGUUUACGAUUUGUACUGGUCAUCCCAUGUCCUCAGCUGAGCCUGCCUGUCAUUCACUCUUUACAUGAAUUUUCAUCGUUCUGCUUUUAACUGUGUUUUGCUCUUGCUACCCUGCCUUAUGAUAUGUUGCGAUCCUGCUUUUAUCUGUUACUAUUCACUACUGCUUUUUGCCAAAGUAUACAGCAGAAUAUGUGUAUUAGAAAUUGAACGGUCGUUUUCGGUGUGCGUUUUGUUUGUGACCAUCACAGUUUUAUUCUGUUUGUAAGAUUUUUUGCUACCUUUAUUUAUUAUCUUUUUUUACUCCUUAUGCUAUUUGUAGUGAGGCUUGUAAAACUUUGUGAGGUGUCAUCUACAACUGACACCUCAAACAAAGUUAAACAUUACAAAUCUUCAAGUAAAUACACCAUACAGAAAUGAUGGCCCAGUUUCACAGAGACGGCUUAUUUUAAACCAGGACUAUGCCUUAGUUGAAUUAAGAUAUUUAUGUCGCUUUUAUAAAAAUGCCUGAGUAGAAUACAUUACUGGUGUGAAUCUCGAGACAAAACAAUUGCACCGAUAAUUGAAGAUAUUUCUGGGCUAGUUAAAUUCAGUUAAGACAGGUCACACAUUCAUUUUAGUCUGGGACUAGCCUUAAACCUUGUCUGUGAAACCGGGCCUAUACUUAAUUGUUUCUGUAUUCUGUAGUCCCACGAUAAUCAGACGUAAUUCACAAUUUGAUGUAACAAAAGCCUUUUCAAAAAUUCUCUUUACUUAGUUGUGUUUUAAGGGUAGAUAAUUCCCUGAAAUUCAUCGAUUUACUCAAAGGUUAAUGUACGAUUACAGUUUACUACAUGUGCCCCCGAAAGUAAGACACUGUAAGUAAUUUUAGUAAGACAACAUUACCAAAUGUGCAUUUAAGCAUCUUUGAUCUGACAUUAAGCGAAGACAAAGAGUUGCUUCUCGAUUUUCGAUCAAGGGAUUCGCUUUGUGUUUAUAAAUAACACAAUGACAUGAUGGGAUCAGGAAUUCAGUUUUCCUGCAUAUCGCUCUACCUAAAUAAACAGGCUUUAUAGGUAAUCAGAGCUUCGAAGCAGUGCGGUAUUUAAUGUGGUGUAAUAAUGGUACUGUUUUAAGGACUAUUCACAUGGCAGCCUGGUCAAAUUUGAGCAAGAAAUGUUUGGGAGCAAUGUUCAUUUGGAAGAGUCCAUUUUAUCUGUGUUGUGCAGAACAGAUGAAUGUCAUGUUGUGUAUAUAUUGUAUAUCCUUUCUCAAACCCACAUACCAAAAGAUUGAAUGGAUAGCACAGUCUGUUGAUGUUUCAAGACCUGAUCUUUUUACUCGAGUAUUAUAAUUCUUAUUCAAUUUUAUGUCCUAAUCUUAUUGCACCAGAUUCGAUUCUACCAUGAGUUUGAGUACUAUUCAAACCUGUUUAUUGUCAUCAGUCUUCUGUAUCUCUUUUAUAUGGACGUGUUACAGACACUAAAGAAAGAUAUGUGCUAAUUCUGAGAGAAUUCGCAGACCUUUGGUUUGCUCAUAGAUGUUAAUGAUCACCUGAAUUUACCCCUCCCCUUAGUCACAUCCUCACAUCAUGACAAACAAGAGGUGUACUGGGAUAAAAUCCUCUGACCUUUUUAUGUUUUGCUGCUGCAAGAAAUCAGCAGAACGGAAUAUGUAAAACAUUGCCAGACAGCCCAAGUAGAACUUUUCGAGGACGAGACCUUGUUAUUUAAGACUCCCUCCAACGACCAACAAAUGACUCCAUGAUGAGCUUUGAUAUGUAUGUCUUGCCAAGCUUAUUAGCCAAACCAUCACACUAUAUGGCACAGUUAUACAUGCUAUUGUUUUUCCUCAUGAAACUUGUUUUAUUGUACACAUAAUGGGUAUUACUGUUAUUUCAAGUACUAUUAUUAUUAUUGUUAAUUAAAUUAGUGGCAGGCCACUGGGUACCAUUGUAUGUUAAUAUCCCAAUGAAAUCUGUGCAAGAUCAUGAAAAUGUUUAUGAAAUAAAGAAAUAAAAGAACAA